AUGCGUCUCUACGGGCACCAAUUACUUGCCUCUACGGCCGCCAUUGGUGUAGUCGUCGGGCAAGGUAUACUCUCCUCGUCCGAUGCGGUCCCAGGCUUCACUGCUCCUGCAGCCGAGUAUCGCCCCAAGUUCAGAUAUUGGCUUCCAGAUGCUGAUGUCGACCACGAUGUCCUCAGAGCCGACAUCCAAGACCUCCAAAAGCUCGGUGCCGGCGGUCUAGAAUUCCUCCCAUUUUACAAUUAUGGCUUCGGCGGUGUGAAUGACUCCAAGAUGGAAACAUACGCCUUUGGCAAGCCUGCAUUCAGAGACGUUCUCCAGAUUGCGCUUGAAGCUACCAAGGCGAAUGGGCUGUCGAUGGAUGUGGCACUGGGUGCUAGCCAGGAUCAGGGUGUUCCCUCCAAGCCGCUUACUCCUGGUCUUGCUGUACAGCUUGUCUAUGGCAAGGUAUCUGUUAAGGGAGGAGAAAAGUUCGACGGUGCUUUGCCAGCUGCUGAUAUCAAAUGGAAUGAGAAUUUGGGAUAUAUACAUCCGCAGGAGAAGUUUGGUGGGAGCCGUCUUAUUGGGGUCUCUGCCGCUGCUGUUGCAUCUAGUAAGUCACCCGCCCAACACACUCAGCUCAUCGUCGUACUAACAACUUUCCAAGAGAAUGCCUCGGACGAGAGUAACACCUUCAUCUCCCUUCAUGAGAAGUCACUCAUCGAUCUCACCAAGAACGUCAAGAACGGCAAACUCACAUGGACGGCACCGAAGGAUUACAAAGAGUACAUUUUAUUCGCGCACUACGAGCGCUACACCAACCAGCGAUCCUGCGACGGCGUGCCCACCGAUGUCAUUGCCAAUGGCUCUUGGGUCACAGACCAUUUCAGUGCAGCUGGGGCGAAGCUAGCUUCCCAGUUCUGGGAGAAGAACCUGUUGAGUACCCAGAUCCGCCAGCUGCUCAGGGAGGUUGGCAAGCACACUUGGGAGGACAGUAUGGAGAUUCAAGCUUCGCUUUACUGGUCUCCUGACUUCCCUGAUCGCUUCAAAUCUAAUCGCGGUUACGACGUCAUAAAGUAUCUUCCACUGUUAUUCCACAAGUCAACAUCCUUUACAGUAGCUCAGGCUCCCUACAACACUACCUUUUACUUAGAUGGAACUCCGGAUGACGGACAAAGCAAGUACCUCCAGCACUACCGACUAACUUUGAACGAGGGUUACCAGGAGUAUCUACAGACCUUUGAAGAUUGGGCUGAAUCGCUGGGCCUCUCUCACUCGUGCCAAGUUGGUUAUAAUAUUCCCUUGGACAUUCUCGCCGACGUGCCGAUCGUUUCCACUCCCGAACUCGAAUCUCUGGCCUUCAAAACACCAGAUGAGAUGUCACAAUUCGUCGGUCCCGCACAUCUCGGACGUCGCAACAUCAUUUCCACAGAGAUCGGGGCAGUAGCACAAGGAGCAUAUAGUCUGACUAUCCCCUCGCUCGUCAACCUCUUUAACGACGCCUUCGCAGGUGGCGUUAAUGCCAUGAUGAUCCACGGAAUGGCGUACACUGGAGAACAACUCGGAUCGACAUGGCCCGGAUUCACCCCUUUUCAGUAUAUCUACACUGAGCUAUGGAGUCCAAAGCAGCCAGCGUGGAAAUAUAUGGGCGAGAUGAUGAAUUAUACUGCCAGAAACCAGUUUGUCCUGCAACAAGGAGUAGCUAAGAAAGACUUGGCCUUUUACCUGUACAAGGAUCCUUUUGGCAUAUCAGAUGAGUAUAAUGGCACGGAUCUUCGUGCUAGUGGCUUCACAUACGAGUAUCUCUCGCCAGCAAACUUUGGCUCCAAGAAUUUAAAGGUUUCAGACAAGAUCUUGGACUCUGCAGGUGCAGGAUAUCGCGCGCUCAUACUCAACCAGCAAAAAUUCAUCACUGCCGAGGCAUCGCAAAAGCUCGUUGAGUUGGCCGAUGCAGGCCUUCCAAUUGUGGUCAUCGGAAGUCUACCCAGCACUACCAUCGGAAGCAAAGGGCAAGAUGUUUACUCCACCAUUGUUUUCGUCAAAUCCGCUGAUCACCUACUCAACGCGCUUGGGAAACUUUCCGUCAAGCCCCGAGUGACCAUGGGCUCAGAUGCUGCGAAGGACUUGUACACUGUGUGGAGAUCAGACAAAGGAGCGGAAUAUCUGCUCCUCGUUAACAAGGGCUCAUCAGCGACUUUUGAGAUCACGGCAGAGGUGGAUCAGGGCAGGGUUCCUUACAAGCUCGAUGCAUGGACUGGAAAGCAGACUGCUAUGACAUCGUUCAAGCACUCCUCUGGCAAGAUCAGCUUCCAGAUAUCUUUGGAACAAGGUCAGACGGCAAUCAUUGCGUUUACCAGUGGGAAGUCUAAGACGAGCAUUGUUUCACAGUCCGAUAAUGUCUUCCAAACCUCCUACGGCUCUGAUGGCAAAGAGGGUAUCUCCGUCAUCUUGGGAGAUUAUAACGCAGCCUCCUUGACCUUGUCCAACGGACAGACCAAAAAGAUCCCUACUGCCAGUGGUAGCGAAAAGAAGAAUGCUCUUAACACUGACAUCGGCAACUGGAACUUGACGCUUGAGUCCUGGGUUCCUGGUCCUGACGAGGCAAAGUCCGCAUCUGUCAAGAAUGUUAUGAAGCUUGGCACUCAGACAACCCUCAAGCCCUGGUCCGAGAUCUCGGGAGCGCAGAAUGUAUCAGGCGUUGGUACAUACACAGCUACCUUCAAUGUCACCCGCGUCCCAAGCAAGGAUUCCGUCACUGUACUCCAGUUCGGCCCCGUGCUCAACACCAUUCGAGCAUGGGUCAACGACAAGCAGCUCCCAGCGAUCGAUAUUUACGAUGCUCAAGUCGAUGUCUCGGAUUAUCUGGUAAAGGGAACAAACAAAAUCAGAGUGCAGGUGGCGUCUACUUUGUUCAAUGCGGUCAAGGCAAGAGUUGACUAUGUCAAGGCGAAUGGCAUUGGUCUCGCUGCGCCUAUCUUGUAUACUUCUACAGAUUGGCAGAAGCAUGGAUUGAUUGGGCCAGUGUCCAUCAAGAGUCUGCGCAAGGUCAGCUUGUAA